AUGGCGCAAGCAUCGCACCCGGUCGAGCAGGUAGGAAGACUGAUCAAUCUGAUACCGGUCAGCCUGAAGGAAGCCGCUAUCGAUUCGCCAACCGCCCGCGCCACAGUUGUUCACUACGGAGAGCAAGUCGACCUGCUGGAGAAAUGGCUCGACGACUAUGCCAAAGCCUCCACUAGACUCGUUGCCGAAUCACUGACCCUCGAGAAUGUCCUCAACAACUUUAUUGCGCACUCCGUCCUUCCCACGACCAUCUCCGAGUCCAUGUUAGAUCAUGACUACAGCGUCCUGGCUAUGAAGAAGGUCGCCGAUGGGGCCAAAGACUACUGGAUGAGCAUGAUAGCAGUAGUCAAGAGAUCUUCUACCAUGGUCGUUGAUCCCAUAAGACAAUUCCUUCAGAAUGAACUGCGGCCAUUCAAAGAUGCUCGCCGAGCGGUUGAGGCGACCCAGAAAACUUUUGAACAUCUUCAGGGCAAAUACGCGGGGCUAGGCAAGUCCAAAGAACCGUCGUCACUGAGAGAGGAAGCUUUCCAGCUACACGAGGCGCGCAAACUCUACAUCAAGGCCAUCAUGGACUUUUCUAGUAUGGCUCCACAGUUUCGCUUUGCCCUGGACAAGCUGCUGGUCAAGAUCUUUUUUGACCAAUGGCGCGAAAUGCGGCUUUCGCGCGAUAACACAGCUGCAAGCUUCCAACGGAGUGCCGAUGAGAUGCAGAGAAUCAAGAGUUGGCUGUCGGAAUUGGAGACUAACGAAAAGGCCUUCCGCAAGGAGCUCGUAACGGCGAAGAAACAGCUGGAGGAUGCCGCUGAACUCGAAACCCGACCAUCCAGAGAGUUGGAGGACUACACCCUGUCGACUGUGCCUCAAUUUGCUGGUCAUGGCCAUAGCGCCAGCACUUCGACCUUGCAACGCUCACCAAAGAAGACAACCUCCAAAACUGGCGAGAAGCAAGGUUGGCUAUUCCUUCGAACCUACAGUGGAAAACCUACCAGGACUGUCUGGGUAAAGAGGUGGGCAUUCGUGCGCAAUGGAGUCUUUGGCUGGCUGCUACAAGGUAUGAGAGGAGGUGUGGAGGAGAGUGAGCGUAUUGGUGUUUUACUCUGCAAUGUCCGCCCCGCGCCUGCCGAAGAACGUCGCUUUUGCUUUGAGCUCAAGACAAACAAAAACACGAUCAUCCUGCAAGCAGAAACACAAUCAGAGCUUGUUGAAUGGAUUGAUGCCUUCCACGUUGCCAAAUCGAAGGCAGUUGAUGACGGAGAUGGUCUCCGAAGCUUCACUUCUGGCACCGGGAACAUUCAAGCCGGUGCCGCGUUUGCAAUAAGUGCGCCGCCAAUCCCCGAAUUCGGGACUUUCAUCCUUGGAUCAACAGAACCGGGAGCUAUUGGAGAGGACAUCGCUGCUUUGGAAAAGACAAAUACUCUGCCAAUUCCAGGGGGCGAACAUGGGCGCGAGAGCAGUGUGGACCUGCCCAGAAGGUCAACUGUUAUGGACGAUAGCGGUCAUCGUGACACUGCCUCACGCAUCAUUUCGAAACUUGAUUUGCACAGGAAGAGUCCAGCUCCGACCCAGGUUUCCCCCAGUCCGUCAACACCGACCCUCCCAGGUGGUAUUGCAGGCUUGAUUGCCGCCACUCAUGGUUCAAUGUCUGUUGGUUCGAGUGUCCCUAUGCUUCAAAGCGUCGAGAGUGAUUUUUUCAGGCAAAGGAGUACAUUUACGCUUGCUCUUCGGGAUAUGCCUGCCAGCAGUCUUGCACCUUCCACUUUGGCUUCGGUACCGUCUCCUACAAAUUUGAGCAAGUCAGCAGUCAUCAUCACAGGGGAACGCGGUUUAAGCCCUGCUCCGGACAAGACUGGACUCCCCGCCGGUCUUUUGGCCAACACCUGGGGCACUUCUUGUACAGCUUUCUUGAAUCGACUUGAACGAACCGACUCGACCGAUAAGACUGAAGUUAAACUCCUGGCGCAGCGAAGCCCAACUCUUCAGCCAUCGUAUUCACCUCCAAAAAUAUCAUUCACACCCACCCGGCCGGCUAUUCCUCCACAAAACAGCAUUCCCCAGCUCGACCUGAGUGUGCCUCAAGUGAACACCCGAAGUCGGACUCCGUCGCCAAGCAAGAGGCAGCACAGGAGCACGAUAAGCGUGGAUCGUGACACCGCCAAACAAAUUAAUAGCGACCUUCUUGUGCCUGACUUCCCUAACUAUUAUCCCCUGCAACUCAAAUCUCAGGACGCCCAAUUCCGCCUUCUGUUCCCCAAUGUAAGGCGCGAUGAUAGACUAGUCAUGGUUUUCAGAGCUACCUGGAAUCCAAGCGAGCAACAAGAAUUUCCUGGCCGAGUGUACGUGACAUCCAGGGACAUCUACCUUUACAGCAAUCAUCUAGGCUUGGUCCUCACAUCAAGUGUGCCUCUUGGAUCCAUUGACGAAGCUACCGCUGCCCCCGGGAGAGACUGUGACUUCAUCUUCUUACACCUCAAGGACGCUGCAAGCGACGCUAGUGCACGACGAAUCACAAUCAAAACUUUUCUGGAACCCUUGAGACUUCUGCAAAGGCGCUUGAACUUUUUGAUAAGAAACAAUGCUUCCGACGAGCCUCUCGCUCUCGAGGGAUUGAUGAAGGCACUGAUCAAAAUGGAGACCGAGGCUCCUGAUCGGAGUCCUAGUUUGGAAAGUUGGGAGGACGUGUCUCCAAAUACGCCCAUUGACACUGGCGGACCUAGGUAUCGAGGCAGAGCGUCAACCAUUGGGACCGAGUUAAAAGGUCCGCUGCGAGUUGACCGUGCCCUUCAUCAGACCCAGUUGGGACGCAGGGAAUCGAAAUUUAAGCUGCCUGCUCAACCUGUGAAUUACACUCCCACUGGCAAUCUUCGGCUUGCGGUUGAGAAAGAAUUUGACAUUAGCGCCAAGGCGUUAUUCCAUGUGAUGUUUGGGGAUAAAAGCGCCCUGUGGCAACUGCUUCAGCAUGAGAGGCGCGCAAAGAACGUGUCCCAAGGACCAUGGCUAAGCGUCGGAGAAGGACGCCUUCGAAGAGAGUUCACUUUCGAUACACCCACCAAAAAUCUUCUCGGUCAAGAAUCCUAUGCACAAGUUCACGAUUAUCAAACGAUCGAUGUCAACAGUGAUCACUUGUGCUAUGUCAUAACAGACAAGCGAACCCCAUGGCAUCUCCCUUACCAAAACAGCUACCGCCUUAUCAGCAAAAUCGUUAUCACUCAUGUUGCAAAGGCCAGAUGCAAACUCGCGGUUUUUGUGAAGGUGGAGUGGUUGCGCGCAGCUUGGAUGUUGGGAGGAGUCGUUGAGCGACAGGCCGUGUACGACCUCGAGCUCGAUUCUCAAGAUCUCGCGGAUCUUGUGGCGGACCAAGUCCGCAAGCUUGGACUCCACAGUCGCACUAAGAAAGCCAUUCAGAUCUUUGGUCAAGUUGGCCAUUCGACAGAAACCACGCAGCUUCUAUUGGAUGCAACCUCUCUAAGCAUCGGACUGAGGAGGCAGCUAAUUUCACGGACAAUGACCGGACUGCUGGCCCAGAAUGCUGCCUCCAGCGGAGAGAGCGCAUUAGCUACUCUACUACAAUCCUUGCUGAGCAUCCUGAGAUGGUUCGCGAAAACUUUAUCUGCCAACAAACUCAUAUUGGUGGCGCUUGUCUUUUCGGCAUUGUACAAUAGUUGGCACACUUAUCGAGACUCGCUUGACUGGUGGCAUGAACGAAGAGCUGGGAAUUUCAUGGCUCGGCUAGGCAUCUCGCCUAAUACUGUCAUGAGCCGAGCCGUGUAUCUCAGUGAUUUGGACGACAUUCUAGGUCGGGAAGCAAAUCUGCCGGCACGCGAUUCUAGUGCCUGCUACAGUGUCUUCCAUGACGAAAAUGAUCCGGAGUACUUCCAGGCUGGGCUGAGACACACUCCAGCCGCGAAGGUCCAGCAGACACGUCAACGACUCGGGACUCAGCGACAUGACCUCCUCGUCGCAGUGCGCGUUGUCAACAGCAUUGAGAAAGAACUGAUGCAGGCCGCUUGGGAACAGUGGAUUGUGGAUGAGCAUCGAAGAUGCCAGAUCGUGGAGGGAUUGGUGUUAAACGACCCGACGCAGAACUCUACGGAUGUUGCAGAUGACCUCAAACAGUGGUAUGACGAAUAUUGUACCAGUUGCAGUGAUGAGUAUAUGAAGAUCCGUGUCUGA